GAAGGCGGGCGGACAUAACGAGCGGCUGCUUACGUAAAAGACUCUCGUCUUCCCCUAAGAUUUGUAGGCUGUGGCCGUUGACAUCAUCAGCGCAUUCCUGCUAUUUUAUUGUGCAAAGGGAUUUGGGCGCAGGAAGCUUAUCCUCAUUUUGUUUUUUUUUGUUCAUAGGGCUUAGCCAAGUAGGGCGGUCCUGAAGUCGUACUGUGCUGCCAAACCUUCUCAUAGGUGGAAUAACGCUUGAGCCCUUUGCAUGCUCAUCGUGUCCAAAGAAGACUUGUGAAAAGCAUUUGCCUUCUCCUCUGUUCUGAGCAGCACCUUGGUUGUCAAGCUUUUCUUCUCUCGUUGAGAUGACGACAUCGGGCUGAGCAAAGGUCACGCAGCGAUGGGCCGCAAGUUGGAUCUGUCGGGCCUGAGCGACGACGAGGCCGAGCACGUGCUGCGGGUGGUGCGGCGCGACAUGAGGCUGCGCAAGAAAGAGGAGGAGCGACUCGGCGAGCUGAGGCGGGCGCUGGACGAGGAGGGCAGUCGCUGCCUGCUGCUGUCACGCCAGCGCUACUUCAACCAGCGCUGCUGCAUCCGCUGCUGCGCGCCCUUCGCCUUCCUGCUCAACCCCAAGCGGCGCUGUGGCGACUGCCUGUACAACGUGUGCAAGGCCUGCGGGCUCUACAGCCAGCCCCACAAAGCCUGGCUCUGCCGCGCCUGCCAGAAGAGCAGAUUGUUGAAGCAACAGUCGCUGGAUUGGUUCUACGCGCACGCCAAAGGACGCUUCAAGCGCUUCGGCAGCGCCAAAGUGCUGAAGACCAUCUACGGGAGACACCUGGCCCAGCGCAGUCCGGUUUUGCAGCUCACAGAGGGAAGUACCCGCCAGGAGAGCAUCUGCAAUGAAGGCAGCGUCUGCGGCAGCGUCUGCGGCAGCGUCUGCGGCAGCGUCUGCGGCAGCGACGCCGCCUUCUACCAACAGAGCCAAGAGCGCAGCGCGGCGGAGACGCUGGCCGCGGCCUUGCGGGUGGCGCAGGAGGCCGUAGACGAGGCCAUUUCCAACGCCGCCACUCAGGAGAAUCCAAACGAAGGCCGUUACCUGCGUGAGCACCGAGGAGAGCUCAUCGAGGAGCUGGCCAAAACAAUCGUGCAAAAAAUGGUCCCCAGGAGGAAGACCUCGGGCCAGAUGAGCCACGAGUACGAGCGGGAGGGAUCACCCGAGGGAUCGCCCGAGGGAUCGCCGGAGCGCGCCGCCCGCCGCCCCGGCCAAAGCUUUCCACGCCCGAAAAGCUUCUGGCUGGGCGACGAGCCCUCUCAUUUGAAGCGGUCGCCAUCUGCCUUCUCGCUGACGGACGACAACCGAGACGCCCGUCGGACGUCGCCUGAGGAAGGAGGAUCGAGCGCGUCUCCGCGGAUGGAAAGCGCCGGAGGCGCCUCCUCCGUGCUCAAGAGUCCGGAUGGCAACUGGAUCGCCCUGCGGAGCGUUCAGAGUCGAGUCCACGGCGCCUCGGAGAGAGACUCCGGGGAGCUUUCCGCCCACGAGGCCGCUCCGGAUGAGGGCGGGGCCGCGAGCGAGGCGGCAUCCGGGAAAGCUAAGCCGUGGCGCAAGAAGAGAAGAAGUCAAAGGAGAGCCACGCUCUCCGGACCUCUUUCCGCGGAUUCCGAUGCCCGUCGCCGUUCUGCCAGCGAUGUCGACGCUCCCGACGCGGCGACUCCUGAUCCGCUCCGCCGGAACGUGGCCGGCGCUCAAGCGUCGGAUGCCGCGCAAGCCUUCCAACGCGUCUCCGAUUCUUGGCUCGGGGAGGAAGGCGACGGCGACGCGUCAGCCAGAGAAGCCGCCAGCCCAGACGAUGAAACGGACGCGGACUCGGACGGAGCCGAGACGGAGGAGAACGGGAACGGCCGCGACCGGAGCGGCGACUCGAAGGCCGACUCGGCGGGAGGAAGAGUCCGCGAUGAGGAUGAGGAAGAGGAGGAAAUGAAAUGGAGGUUGUACAAGUUGGUGGCAAAGUCCAGGCUGGCCUACUUCUCGUCCACCGACGAUGAACUCGACCGAGCGGGAAGGAGUGAGGAGGACCUUCGGGAAGAAACCCAAGGACUCGCGCGCCGACUCGGCCGGCUGGAGAAGGAAGUCCCACCCGCCGCCUUCUCCUCGGCGGAAGAGGAGCCGGACCGGAUCGCGGACGAGGAGGCUCAAGAGGAAGGCGACGAAGAGGCGGCGGAGGCCAGGUUGUGCCGCUUGGCCGAGCAGGUGGGCGCCACUUGGUUUUCCUCCACCGAAGACGAGCUGGAGCGCGAGGAGGCGGCGCAGGAGGAGACGCUGCGCAGGCUGCGGCGCCAGCAGGCGGCGCGGGCCGCUCGGGUGCGCCAUCUGGCCGGCCUGGUCAGCGCCGAGCAGUUCUCCUCCACCGAGGAUGAGCUCGAUCGCGUCGGCCAACUAAAGACCCCCGUGCCGGAUCGGGGACAAAGUCCUUGGGAAUCCGUGGGGGGGCGAGAUCCGGGAGAGCCUCCGAUGACCGAGCGCCUUUCAGAUGGCGACGGGAUGCCAUCGGAAAAGGCGGCAGAGACCACGAGGAGACCGGAACCGCAUCCGCCGCCGCUCCAUGAAAAAGCCCAACGGGGAGAGGAAGGCGGCAGAAGGGAGAGCGCCGGCGAGGUCAACAAAAUCGGCGCCGGCGCGUCCACAUGGACACCGGAGGGUCUCCGCAAACGCGCUCGGGCCCAAGAGAGGGAAAAGGACGCAAAGAUGGACGCGAAGGGGGGCAAAGAUCCAAAGACCGAUGAGCCCGGGAAAGACCAGGAUUCCGCCACAAACGCUGAAAGGACACCAGACGCAACGGUGGACAAAAGGCGGGAUGAGGAAAGAAGUGAGGGCGCAAAGAACACGGAUGAUGAUGAUGAUUUGAAGUCAGACAGGGAGGAACGUGUGGACUCAAAGACAGACGAGGACAAGAAGGAGCACUUGAAGGAUUUCGCCCACGUGAAGAAAGAGAACUCAAAGACUCAUGAGAACGGGAACGCAAAUGCAGACCAGACCAAAGGGGAUGGCAACCGGGACGCAGAGAGCGCCGCGGAGAGAGAGGAGGAGACGCUGCAGGCAAACGAAGAAAGCGGCAAGACGGACGGGAGGAAAGAAGAUGAAAAGACGGGAAAGAACGGGAGCGCCCGUGGAAAUGCAGACAAACGCGGGAGCGAGGCCACCGGAGGCCUGAAAGAGGAUCGCAAUCGAGAAGAAAAGACCGGGAAAGAGAGGCCGGCGGACUCCAGAACAAAGCGGGAAAGGAAUCAAGACACAAACGCGGACGAGGACGGCAAGAAAAAUGCAACGACGGACGAGGGGACCAGUGGUGGCAGCAAAGAAGAAAGAAAGAAAAGGGACAGCGAGACGGAGCAGAGCCACGAGGACGAUGGGCGCCACCGGGAUGCAAAGACUCCUCGCGGUGCCAACCACGAUCUGCUGACAAAUGAGGAAAGUGACGAGGACGGCAAGAAGGACGGGCAGAGCGACGGGCAGAGCCACGGCCAUCCGCAGACGGCUGAUGAGAGCAAAGAGGAAGAAGGGAGAGAGGAGAACCAGCGGAUCAAGACCGAUGGAGAGACGCAUCUACAGCCUGGCGCCGAUGCUGCCAGAGACGCCCAAACGCAGGCCGCAAAAGAGGCCGCCGAGACGGACCCGGACUGGAACGGGGCGAUUGAGGACCACGGGAAGCGGGGGGUCGACGCCAACAAGUGCGCCAUCCAGGCGGCCCACCGCCAAAGUCACAAGGAGAUGAAACGGCACGCGGAAGCCGAGAGUCCCAAGAGGACGGAAAAGGGGAGGAAAGAGCACUCGGAGGCAGGAAAGGAAGAUACCAAGACGAAAGACCACGUGAAGAGCGAUGGCGACCGCGGCGAGGAAGCCGAGGCGGACGAGGGCGGCAACAAGGAAGUACGGACCCACGCGGACAGCAAUGAGCAAGUCCCCGAGGACAUCCGCCGGAGCCGGGACGCCCAGACGGACCAGGAAAGAAAGCGGGACGCCGAGACGGAGCGGGGCCGCCGGAAGGAUCCGCAGACGACCCGCCAUCGGAACCAGGAUCCCAAGGCGUGCGCCCGUCCCGGCGAGGACGCAAAGGCAGACCCAAUCGGCAACGAGGACCGCGGCGAUCAGACGGCAUACGGCAGCGUACAGCAGCCCAUGGAUGCAAAACCGAGAAGUCCGCUUGAAGAUGCCCACAGGCCGGCUGCGGAAGAAGGGCAGAAAAGCGCCGCUCCUGCGCUCGCCGCUCCUGCGCUCGCCGCUCCUGCGCUCGCCGCUGCGGCCGCCGGACAACGCGAACAACAAGUGGCGGCGGCGCCAAGAAGAAAACCCCCCGGCGCGCCCUUGCCGGAGGACACGGCAAAUGCGAGUGGCGCCCAAGCGUGCCGCGCGCCACGCCUCGCAUCGAGCCUGCUGGAACAGAGGGACUCGGCGGCGUCCCUGCGCAGCCUCACAAGCGAGGUCCUGAAAGUUCUCAACGCCACAGAAGAGCUGCUCCAGGGGGCGCCGGCUCAACGACGUCCCCCCGCACUCUCUCUGCCUCCGGAUGCCGACCCCGAGGAACUGGAUCGCCGCUUCUCUGCGCUGGAAGAGAAGGUGUACGUCGCGGCGGGCUCGGUGUACGGCGCCGAGGACGAGCUGGGCGCGCUGGAGGAGCGCGCCAGGGGCAUCUCCGGCAGCACGUCUGACACCGAGCUCUUCUUCCUGGAGGAACGGGUUGCGUCGGCCGCCGCCCGGGUUCGCCAGUCCGAGCUGCAGAUCAGCGACAUCUCCGCGAGGAUCGCAUCUCUGAGGAGCGCCGGACUGGAUGUGGACCCGCAGUCCCGCUUCGCCAAGGCCAGGACCGUCCCGGUCAUGCCUCUCACGCUGAGCUCGUCCAGACAGCUGAGGAGACGACUGCCUGCGCUCCCACGGCCGGAAGACAACAAAAGCUAAUUUGAGGAUCAACGAGUCGACGUGCCUUUUUUUUUUUUUUUUACAGAUGCCUGCCUUUCUGCUACUUUUUUUUCGCGAGAAAGAAAA